AAAGUGUUCCAUAUAUCGGAGAACUGCAGGUGGCCCUUCUCGCAGUUUACACCUCACUGAGCCGGAAAACCUCUUGGCUUUGAAGAUUACUUUCGGAUCUAACCUUUCCUUGAGAAGAAAACAAGUGCUCCCAGCUGCACGAUGAUGCUGGACUCCGUUAGCCAUAAUACCUUCCUGCCAAACACAGUAACGUGUGAAUCCUUGACAUCGUGGUCAGACGUAUUUGGAAUAGUGGAUGAACAGUACUCACUUUUUGAUCAUCAAACAGCUUGUGAUUCAUCCUGGACAUCAAUGCAUCCAGAAUACUGGACAAGACACAAUGUCUGUGAGUGGCUACAGUUUUGCUGUGAUCAAUACAAAUUGGAUGCUAACUGCAUUUCCUUUUCCCACUUCAACAUUAAUGGUCACCAGCUCUGUUGUAUGACCCAAGAAGAAUUUUUAAAUGCUGCUGGAAUUUGUGGUGAAUACCUCUACUUCAUUCUCCAAAACAUCAAGAUUCGUGGUAUCUCCUUCUUUCAGGACAAUGAAGAUACAAAGUCAUCUGAAAAAGACUAUAAUGAUAAGGCAUGUUUGAGAACAGGUGGCCUCAAGAGUCAAGAGUUUCAAGGUCACAAUAGAACAAGUCUGCAGAGUUCUCACUUGUGGGAAUUUGUACGAGAUCUUCUUCUGUCCCCUGAAGAGAAUUCCGGUAUCCUUGAAUGGGAAGACAGAGACCAAGGCAUCUUUCGCGUUAUUAAAUCUGAUGCUCUGGCAAAGAUGUGGGGACAAAGGAAAAAAAAUGACAGAAUGACUUACGAAAAGCUAAGCAGAGCACUCCGGUAUUAUUAUAAAACUGGAAUUUUGGAACGAGUUGACAGGAGGUUAGUGUAUAAGUUUGGAAAAAAUGCACAUGGAUGGCAAGAAAGCAACUCAUGAGAUACCCAUAUCUUUGAACUCAUUAUCCAGUAAACAAUGUGAAGGUCAACUCCAAUAGAUGGAGGUUCUCUGCCGGCUUUUCUAGAUCAAGAUGGCCAUAUAUUCUGAAUAACUGGAUAAAAUAACCAUUAAUAGACAGUUUGGAUCAGGAAAUGUACUGUCUUUGCACUUUUUAUCUUCCGUAUAACCUGCAUGGCAUAAACACCCAUACAUGGUUUCAAUCUUUUCAGUAAACUCAUGCGGAUUUGCUCUGAAAGCCAAUAAGAGUUUGUCAUUAGUACUUAAAACUAAAUCUCAGCAUUAUAAUAUUUCCAUUUUGAGCUUGAUGGAAUUUUGAAUAAGAUUUUCUUGAUAUCAUCUUUAUAUUCACCCAUGGGUGGGCAACCUAUUGCCAUGUGGUCUGUAUGAGUUUUUGUAAUAUUUUUUAUAGGCCAGAGAACCUUAGAAGUAGUGCCUCUAAUACUCAGCAGCAGAGUCCAAGAAACAGAGGUGCAAUUUCCUAUUGUUUGAAUGGAAAAUAGUGUGUGUGUUUUUUUUAAAAAAAGAUGUGUUUAAAUAAUAUUAAAAAGCACUCAAAUAUAAAAGAAAAGAUCUGCUUCCCAGCUGGUGAAAGAUAGUCCAUGUCUACCAUCGCAUUCCAAUAGGUAACGAAGUAUACGGUAAUCAUUUUUCUCUAUCGUAUCAACCUGAAUGUGGAUAUGUGGUCUUCUAGAUGUAGUUAAAUUGGAACUCCCAAAAGUCUCAGUCAAUAUAUCCAAUGAAAAUGGGACCUGGAUCUGAUUCACCAGCACUGGAAGGCCUACAAGUUCUCCACUGCCUGUCCUCUUGCAUUAAAAAACAGUUUCAUCUUGCCUGCAGCAACAUUCUUUGGGACGGUUAUGCUGGUAGUCACAACAAUAUCUGUUACAGCAUAAAUAAAUAAAAAAAUAUUUUGUGGUGUAUGAAGGUUACCCUUGAGUCCAAAGAGACCUGGGAAAGACUGGUUCUGAUUCCAGCUGGACAAGAAUUUUCUGCUACUAUUCACCUUUUACACAUGCGAAAGGAAUGGAAACAAAUAUUCCUGCUUCAGAAUUUGUGAAGAAGUGUUUUACUUUUUUCUUCAGGAAGAAAGGAACUGUGUUCUGUGUUCAUAAUGCCACUUUUGCAAUCUGUAAAACAUGAAAAGACUUUAGCUAUGAUUUACACUCCCUCCCUCAAUACAAGUUUCUACAUCAAGAACGUGGUUGAAUAAAUGUUUUAAUUGGCUUCUUAGGACUGUUAAUUCUCUGCCUGGGAAUAAGGUUAGUUUAUUAACUGACUUACUAGAUUUCUACAAAAUUGUAACAGUGUAACUUUAACCAUCUUUAUUAUUAUUUUAAAUUAAUGGUACUGCCUUCACGCUAUAUAUUCUUUAGCGCACACCUUUUUUAUUUGUUCAUAUAAUAUUAGCUGGCUGGGUCUAUCUGUCUGUCGAUGGAUAGUUAGAGAUAGAUAGAUUUUCUUUCUUUCAUCUAUCAUCUAUCUAUCUGAUAAAAGAUAAUGAUGAAAGAAAGAAAAGAAAAAAGAAAGGUAUCGAUGCUUGAUGGAGUGAAAUAUAUCAAGCCUGCCACAGAUAGAACAUAAAUAUUUGAAAUAAAUAAAACUACAUAUAAUGUGAGAGUUACCUGCCUGUGUGUACAUAGACCAUAAUUUAAAUAAUUUACAUUUCACAUACCUUUCUGAAAACGAAAUCUUGUGCGUUAUCAGAGAAGUCAUAAACUAUUAUUUUGUUGGAAAUCACUAAACUUUAUCCUGUAGUCUUUUAAAAUAACAAAGUGGCUCUAUGACCUCUUAGCAAGUCCUAAUGAAUUUAGUGGGACAUACUUCUAAGUAGAUUUACUUAACUUAAAAGUUGGAUAUUGACAUUAGAGGCGUUGAAGAAAUGGCGUAAUUAUUUUUAAAGCAAUGUAUAUGUAUUGUGCAUUAAUAUAUUCUACCUCAGAUGAAGUUUGAUAGGAAUAAUUGGGCAUAUUAUGGUCAUCUUUAAAUUAGGAGGUCCUCUGCAAACUUCACAGAUCUCUAGUGUCCUCUUUUAUAACUCAGUUUUAUUAUUUUAUAUCAUAGCAAUUGUGAAUCCUAACAAAAACAGAAGGCUUUAGAAUAUGCAACUUUUUUGAACAUUAAAAAUAAAAGCAAUGCUGUUGUUUAAAUUCAGUUUUCUUAUGCUUAGAACAGAAUCUUGCCAGCUAGACAUGGGGAAUCAAAUCCAAUGCCUGUUAGAAUUACAGUUCCCUUACUAUCGGCCAUUCUGGAUGAAGUCUCUAGGAAUUAUAGAUCAAAACAUCUGACAGAUCCCACAUGACAUGUCACCAAACUAAGUCAGUAAGACUAAAAGUAAAGCUUGUUCACUGUUCUAAUGAACCCAAGAAUUUUAUUCACAUUUUUUUCCUCCAUUCUAGGCAUUUCACUCUCGUUUCUGCAAUGUUUCUUUUUUCGUAUUAAUUUCUCUCUUUCUUCCCUGGUUGAUAAAGCUAAGAUAGACUUGACAAUCAAGUUGAUAUUGCUCCAGCAUUAUCCACCAGUAGGAUGCGUGCAUCACAAAAAAUCAAGACUUUAUUAUACUGUAAUUUUGGAAAUAAAAUUAAAACUUUGCAUUAAAAAAAGGUCAAGAUGGCAACCUCCAAUUGAACCUCUCUCCCCCUUUUUUUUACAAGUGUUACCAUGUAAAAAAGACAGAGCUUUGAUAGCAUGAUCAAGUUUACCAUUCUGACUUUUGUGAACUCCCUGCAGUGGUCAUUAUUUAUCUGUUUGCUUAAAAAAAUGAUAGGCGAAACCUAUGCAGUAUAAUUCUUGGACUCACCCAAACUUCUACAACCUAAGUGACUCCAUACUUUCAAGGAGUUUAUGUCAAUGAACAUUGUAAUGAGCGAGCAAAAAGGCUAAUUAUCUACAAAGUAAGGUUCUAAGGUUCAAAGUUAAAAAGUGCUUUCUGUGAAAAAAAUUUUUUUUAAAGUAUUCACUAUUCAUUUCCCAAGAUCAAGAACAAAAUGAACAUAAAGUGUUCGUUUUCAUUAUAAGAGGAUUUCCUUUUGAACUUGAGUAAGUUCCCAUUUCAAGAAGGAAAAGGCUGGGAGACUGAACUUAUAUCACAAUAAAAAGUCUGGAGAUGGGGAGACACAAAAGUCAAUCAGCUAGUAGACAUGCUCAGUGUAAGAGCUUUGUGUUGCUUUUUGGGGAUUCUAUAAACUACCAAAUUAUAGGUACAGUUGGAUUCCACCCUCUUGCACACACAAAAAUUGUACCUGGUCUUAAUUAACUUGAUCUUCCCACAUAUAUUUUUGUCAUUUGUUCUUGGAGCUACUUUAUUAUUGUAUUUAUUUUGACAACCAAAUACAGAAUGUGCCAGCUUAAUGACACUGAUAGGAUCUAAUUUCUAGAAUACCAAUAUAAAACUAUAUGGUUAAUAUCUAAAUUGAAUUUGUAGUAGACAGUCAACCAGACAGCCUAUUUUUUUAAAAAAAACCUGCUCUUUUUUGCAAAAUGUAGCAUGAUUUUACUAUGUUGCUUUUGAAAUAGCAGUGGAAAACACAUCCAGCGCAUGAUCUAGAAUAAGUGUGCUAUUUUAUUAAAUAUGUUUGUGAGCAAAUGUAAAUUAUUAUAUUGUAAUCAUGCAUUUCUGGUUCAUUGCAGUUUGUAAAGAGUGUAUAUAAAAUGUUUAAUUCUAAACAAAACUUGUUUUGAUAACUCAUAUUAGCAGCAGUUAAAAAUUCAAAAGCUUUACAAAUGAGGGCACACUGAGAAUUUACAUGGGAUAUUUUCUGCUUGUAGCCCACAUACAAUUGGAAAUCUUCACUAUUUCUUGCUUUUUUUUCUGUAAGAAUUGUUAUUUUCAUAAGAACAGUAUCACAGAUAAAGUUGUGGGCGGUCUGCAUUUAAUAUUUUGUUUGAUCUAAUGGUUAUUCAAUUGCUGUGUAAUUGCAAUGUUUAUUAUGAUAAUCCCAGUGUAUGUAUUUAUCAAAAAUGCUUUAUUUCUUGAAAAUGAAGAACUGUUGAAGGAA